AUUGGUGGGAUGAGCAAUCCGAGUUCCCGGAUGAGGGAACAUUCUGCAGUAUAAAGGGAGCGGGGAAGGCGGGAGACAGCGCAGUUUGAAUCGCGGUGCGACGAAGGAGUAGGCGGCGGGUUCUCGCUGGGUGUUUGACUAGUCCUCUCUCUGCCUUGCUUGUUUGAGCUUCAGCAGAAUUUGAAAUGGCUGGCGGUAAGGCUGGGAAGGACUCCGGAAAGGCCAAGACAAAGGCGGUUUCCCGCUCGCAGAGAGCCGGUUUGCAGUUCCCGGUGGGCCGUAUUCAUCGACACCUGAAAUCUAGGACGACCAGCCAUGGACGUGUGGGCGCGACUGCCGCUGUGUACAGCGCAGCCAUCCUGGAGUACCUCACCGCAGAGGUACUUGAAUUGGCAGGAAAUGCAUCAAAAGACUUGAAGGUAAAACGUAUUACCCCUCGUCACUUGCAACUUGCUAUUCGUGGAGAUGAAGAAUUGGACUCUCUCAUCAAGGCUACAAUUGCUGGUGGUGGUGUCAUUCCACACAUCCACAAAUCUCUGAUUGGGAAGAAAGGACAACAGAAGACUGUCUAAAGGAUGCCUGGAUUCCUUAUUAUCUCAGGACUCUAAAUACUCUAACAGCUGUCCAGUGUUGGUGAUUCCAGUGGACUGUAUCUCUGUGAAAAACACAAUUUUGCCUUUUUGUAAUUCUAUUUGAGCAAGUUGGAAGUUUAAUUAGCUUUCCAACCAACCAAAUUUCUGCAUUCGAGUCUUAACCAUAUUUAAGUGUUACUGUGGCUUCAAAGAAGCUAUUGAUUCUGAAGUAGUGGGUUUUGAUUGAGUUGACUGUUUUUAAAAAACUGUUUGGAUUUUAAUUGUGAUGCAGAAGUUAUAGUAACAAACAUUUGGUUUUGUACAGACAUUAUUUCCACUCCGGUGGAUAAGCUCAAUAAAGGUCAUAUCCCAAA